AAUUUUAUUCCUUUUUACGGUGAAGGUCUUUUCUGUUAUUCACACCUGUUUGUUUUCUUUUUAUCUUCUAACAUCUCAUUAUUAUCAUGUCAGCGCAGCCUGUUGGACCAGCUGGGGAGCCAUUACCAUCGCCCGAAACAGAUGCUAUCGAGCAUGCCCGAUACUGGAAGGAGCGAACACGUAAAUCUAUCCAGUUUGCCUUGGCCGAACCUCUGAGAGAAAGGGAGACCGUAAAAAACCGUCGACAACUGGCGAUGCACACGGCCGCUCAUGCCUGCAUCCUGGAAGCAGAUAUUUGUGGUUUCUACGUGGACAUGGCUUCCAUUAAGCAAUUCAUUGUGGACAUGCAUGGCGACUUUACCGCAGACCGAGUGGACUUCUUCCUGGGCGACGCAAUUAACGCAGGAAUACUGCUGAAAAAGAUGGCGCGCGACGGGCGCUUCGUCUUAGAAGUCGCUGAGGAAGUCAAAAAGAACCGAGAGGAGAAGCUGAUUGAUACCUACAGUAAGCUUCGCCGUAUGAUCCGUGCGAUCCUCUACCACGCCCGCUAUGCCCUAUCGCGCACCGAAAUUCAACACUGGGCCUGCACCUACGACCUGCGACUCGAAGACUACGACUAUUGGUUCGAGCGGGGAAUGCGUCGUCUGGUGAAAAAGAAACAGAUUAUCACCGUCUAUGGCAAUCUAUAUGUGGAUAGUUGCAUCGACUUGUGGCUGAGAAGCAUUCGCGGGUGUUGUCUUUGCGACACCUUGGCUCAGAUGAUUAAUGUAAAAAUGGGCACCAUGAAAAUCACGCAGCAGGGGAAAGAGAUCAAGCAACAGGUCGCCGACUGCAGUUUCGGUUAUGUGGGGGAGGACGUCAACUUGGUCAUUGACGGCAUCAUGGAGCGUCUGGACGCGAUUGACCCAGCGCAGAAUAACACGGCUGACGCCAACUUGGUGAUCCGGGCCAGCAAGGAUGCACGAAUCGAAAGAGAGCCUAUCAUCACUCUGACACAGCUGAAAGCCAUGAACGGCCGUCCGAAAUAUGUUGCCCCCGCGAAAAAUGCAACUACAGAAAAGAAAACUAAGGAAGAAGGUGAGAAGCCCGGUGCUGAGGCCACUAGAGAGCUGGACGAAAUCGACAAGCUUCUGGAAAAGGUUGAGCGAGAAAAGGACAUCAUGGACAACUGCAAGGCGCUGGUAAACACGCUAAAGAUGCGAAAAUUAGCGGACGCCCGUCACAUCGCGUAUAUCCGCGAGGCGCUGGAACAGCGUCUGUCUAAUUUGAAGGAUGCCCAGGAGAAAUUGGACUUGGAUUAAAGGGCUGUGUUGCGGUGUGCAAUGGUUUCGUCACGGCUGUCUGAUAAUUUAGCCAGUUGUUAUUUUCCUAAUCUCGUUGGAUUAAUCUCAUCGACGGUUUAAUUUCAUAACUCUCAUACAGAUUCUCAUAUAGUCGUUAAU